AUUUCUAAAUUAUUUUUAUUUGGACAACUGAGUGGAAAGAGAAUAAAUAAUUUUUUCCCCCGCCUCUUGAUCUGUAGCAUCAAGUAUGAACUAAUUACUUUCUGUAUCCAUUGCAAUUUUUAAUUAGAAUGGCUUACAUGAGUUACAAAAAGAACAUAAAAAAAUUAUAUCAUCAUUAUCUGUAACACUUGCAUUUUGUUAAAACCAAAAAUCAUGUUGAAAAGGUAUGUUUUAGUAUAUAUCUGCUCAAGUUAUACAAAUUCAUACUAAAAACUGCAUAAAAAAUGCAUUGACACUCCCUUUAAUAAAGCUGAGUGUCAGGGCUCAUUUCUUAGCUUGACUUGUCUUUGCUCAUUAGGCUUGUUAGAGGUUACCUAAAUAUUACUAGUACGAACAAUUAUUACUUGAUACACUUUAACUCCAACUAUAGAUGUCCAUGGAAAUGCAAAUAAUACUUUAAUCCAGUAAGCACACAAUGACAUCGACUCUCAAUAAAUAUUUAAUACACAAAACACCAGUCCAUCAACUCUAUGAAACAUAGAUACAUAACACCAAUCCAGGAAGCAACGUCCAACCUUCCUGGACCGGGAGCAAGACCUCACUAACUAACACACUCUCUCACACAUUCAACGAAGACUUAACCAUUCAGUUUAUAACACGUGCUAGACUAUUCACAUGACAAAGGGAUAUAACUAACAUAUCAAAAUAUCAAAGUAACAUUCAUUCUCGCCAUACUCCCCCCGGAGUUUAUUUUUCUUGUGGUAUUGUUGUAACGCUAUGUUGCUAAAAGUUAUAAUUUAUUUAGAUUCUACAUGCUUCUUUCUAUGAGGAGUAACUCCAAAACAAACUGCUGUAUGAUUGUCCAGAUUCUUGCCAACUUAGAUUCAUCAGCUGAGAUUAUAUGAAUUAUUUAUAUGACAUCAAUAUAAUUUUAAAAAUUACCAAUUUACUUUCAUACACUAGUCACUCCAUCAAUAAAACCAGACUAAGCUUCACACAUGAUUGAAAAAAAAAUGUCUUAUUCUUUUACAGCAAUAUUUAUAGUAAAUAAGCAGUCUAAUGGUAUUAAGUAUUCAUAGUCACCUGUAUUUACCAACAUACAAAAAAUAAAGACAUUGUCCUUAUCAGCCACCACAUCUCAAAUGGGCACUAUCAAUUUCACAAGGAGCUGUGCUCCAAAAGCUUAAAGACACUGAAGUAAAAUCCUUACACUAUGAAGAGCAUGCAAAAGUUUCCCUUAUUAAGUAGCACUCAUAGACAUAUAGGCAGCACUCAUUAUAAGAUUUGUAACUUUUAAAGAAAGACAAAUUCAGGCUUGCAGUAAAUUAAGGACAGAAACAGACAUUUGCAAAAAGUGUGGGGUAGUCAACUGGUCAUCCUGGGUAACUUGAAUUGCCCACAGUAAGUGAAUAUGACAACUUUCUUGUCUUCCUAGGGAGUAUGUGCUGCACACAAAGUUGAGAUCUAGUUGCUAAAAUGUUUUUAGACUUGCACCUUAUAGUACAUAAUAGCCCAGUAACAUAUUCUUUUAAAAAAAAAAAGAAAUGUAAAAUUAUGCUCUGUAAGAAAGGAAGCUAACUGCUGAUUUUAGACCCAGCUGAACAAAGUCCCAGCAGCAGAGGUUGAUCUGCACUUAUACCUUUCUAACAAUGUGUACAUAUGCAGCAUGUGUUUUAUUUGUAAAAGUACAAAACAUCCUUGUGCUGACCUUGACCCCCGAUGAAUGACCUCUACUUAAUGGAUCUACAAAAUCUACAUAAGUAUUUUUUUUCUUUUGAAAACCUGACCACACAUGUUUUUUUUUUAACUAUACAUGAACACUGCACAUAAAGCUUUACUUUGGUUUCUUUUUAUCUUGAAGUGUGAUGACCUUUCUUUAACAGAACUAUAACAAAAGCUAUCACUUUUAAAAACUGUGGCCUACAAUUUGUAAAUACAUUGGACUAGUACAAUCGCUUCUUUGUAGAGUUAUUCCAUCAGUAUAAAUGUAUAGCUAGCAACUCUCUUUUUCAACAGGUUGUGUUUUGUUAGUUUUAAGGUUGUGCUCACUAUUUAUGAGUUCAUUGUGAAGGAGUUGAACAGAAGUUUAAAACCUUAAUACUCAACAUUUUCGGCUAAUGACCUUGAACUCUACACCUACAGUAUAUGACCCUGAUAUUCUUCAGCAGAUGUAGCUUGUUAAACCCAUAGAUUUAGGUUUAAAUAUGCUGCUGUUUAUUUGUAUUGCCCUGGUUGUGUUCUAUUUCUUGGUGGACUGGUUGAUCCAUUUACCAAAAGUGGAUGGCUACAGGAACAAAUAUGUGUUUGUCACAGGAUGUGAUAGUGGUUUUGGGAGAGAUUUGGUCAUUCAACUUGACAAACUGGGAUUUCCUGUGUUUGCUGGUUGCCUAACCAAAACAGGUCAUGACUAUUUAAGAUCAACAUGCUCAAUUCGUUUGGUAACCCUGACUGUAGAUGUGACAGACAAUGCAAGCAUACAGUCUGCCUACAAGACGAUACAUACCCACAUACCAAAAGAUGGAGUUCUUUGGGCUGUGGUUAAUAAUGCUGGUGUUACAGGGAAACUCUCUGUGUCUGAGAUGUGCACAAGGAAAGAUUAUAGUCAAGCUUGUGAGGUGAACUUGUUUGGUCCAAUAGAAGUUUCCAGAGUUUUCAUGCCGCUAUUGAGAAAAUCAAAGGGACGUUUGGUAAAUAUGGUUAGCGUCAUGGGUCGAUGUCCUACAGUAUCAGGGCCAUACAGUGUGUCUAAAUUUGGAAUGGAGGCAUUUUCUGAUGUAUUAAGAAGAGAAGUAGCUCCCUUCGGAGUAAAGGUGGUAGUUAUUGAGCCAGGUUUUUUCAAGACCACUCUGUUUAAUACUGAGUUUGUUGCGAGAGAAUUUCAAAAUUGGUAUGACCAAUCAAGUGAUGAGGUUCGUGAGGCCUAUGGAAAAGAUUAUGUAUCUAAUUCAACAAAUGUGUUUAAAGGUAUAUGUACCACUCUAAAUGAGGACACAGAUAAAGUCAUUGAUGCCUACAUACAAGCUAUCACAGCCAAAUACCCUAAAGCCAGAUACCUGGUUGGUUUUGAUGCUAAAUUUAUCUAUGUACCUCUCUACCACCUACCAGAAUGGCUUAUGGACUUAAUAAUUGAGAAACGGAGUAAACAUUUGGCUAAUAUUGGCAGUAAGAUCAAACCAAGUAAAUGAUCAGCUAGCUUUUAGGUAAACACAUUGUACAGAGAUAGUUCUCUUUUCAACAUUCCCCAAAUGCCUUGUUGUUAUUUAUUUCUCCUGGCAGCUAAAAGAACUUUUUGUAUAAUGUAGAGAUCAUUGGUUCAGUCCCUUACACAAGUCAGCAAAGUGGAUUAGUCAAAGCAAGAUACACCAACAUGUGGUCAAGGCUUUUUUUUUUUUUUUUUUAAUUACUGGUAAUGAUACUUUUCCAAAGUGGAAUAUCUGAAAAAUUAAAUAAAUAAUAUAUCUAUAUAGUUGUUAUAUAAGAAAGAAUGUUGUCUGUAAUUAUUAAUUUAUAUUGACCUACAUUAACUUGUUUAUGUAUUAAUAUAUUUGUAUUAAAUAUGGACCGUGAAAUCUGCCCAUGUGGAGUGUCACCAGGGAAUGCUGAUCAUGUCCUUCAAAACUGCAUUCUUUACCAAGAGGCCUAAACAAGAUACUGGCCCCAAACACCCCAAUAGAAAGAAAACUAUAUGGAGAGCUCCCUGAUUUGGAAACCACUGCGCAGUUCAUCUCAUGUCUAGUCAUCUGAAUCUGAACGCUCCAACAUAAAAAUGAGAACGAGGAAGAAGAAAUAUUUAAAACUCUAUAUGGCUCUAAGAUGAAGUUAACACAGUUGUGUUCGGUAGGCCAUAUCUAAUGAAAGUAAUACAAUAUAAAUACAAAACAAUACAACAUGCAUGAUUUAAUUAUAACUUUACAGAAUUACACUGUUACUAAUAGUUUGUCUCAUAAUUUCUUUACUCAAAUUUAUUUCACUUAUGACACUUGUUGAAAAAAAAAAAAUAAAGUUUUCAUUGCAUUUUUUGC